UCUCCCGCGCCGGCCGCAGCAGGAGGCCCCUUCGCCGGCUGCUGGUUGUUGUGGAGGCAGCUCGUCCUUCAGCAGGAACAUGUACUACAAGUUCAGCGGCUUCACGCAGAAGCUGACGGGCUCUGCUCCCACGGCCGCCUACAGCCCGCAGGGGCUGAGGCCAACCGUGCCAGCAGAGUCCCCAGCAAUGGUGUUUGCCACACCCACCAAGGUGGUGUCAGAGGCCGGGUCCACGGUGGAGUACUUGGGAGCAAACAGGGUUCCCGACCUUCAGAGGCUUUUCCAGACGUCAGACGGGAUCCCCAUUCAUUUGAAGCGCGGCGUCCCCGACAGGCUACUCUACCGCACCACCAUGGCUCUCACUGUAGGAGGCGCUCUCUACUGUCUGGUGGCUCUUUACUUCGCAGCCCAGCCCAACAAUAAGUGACCAACGCAACAACAAAACAAAACAGGAUCUUUCUGCAAUCGACCCAACAUUCCCAGCCUCCGUCGGCCCUCGCCAUGACACCUCUUGGGACUCAAAACGCUGUCAGGAUCUCAGUCAAUGAUAACCAUCAUAAGAUCUGUCUUCUUUGUAAAUCAAAUGUCUAAGUUAAUAAAUUUUAAGGGGAAACAAAGGUAAAA